ACCAUUUUACCCUCACUGAUUUCCCUCUUUGCCAAUCCCUAACUAACCUUCUUCUCUCUGAUUGCCCGGACUGCUUCCUGAAAUGACCAGUACGCCCUUCACUCUACGUCAACUCACCUGUCAUUUGCCAAAAAGGAUAGGCCCUUUCUCGUCCACCCGAAAUUGUAAAAAUGCACACCGCCUAUUUCCUCUUUCCUCUCUAUCGGACAAAAGAUAAUCCUCUGAAAUUACCAUUUUACCCUCAGACAUUUCCCUAUGUUUCCGAUUACCAGAAAUGGUUGUUGCAGUGACGAAAAUACCCUAAUUUUUAAACACCUAAACCAGUAAAUCAUUGUCAUUUUAUUGACAAGCACGUGUCCUAAUUUGUCCAUUCAACAAAAACCACACUUUCCUUGUUGUCUUUCUUCUCUUUCCUAACCCUAACCCUAACCCUUAAAAAAAAAAAUCCUAGAGAGAGAAAAAGUUAAGUUUCGGAGAGAGAAUAAAAUGGACGGUGGCGGUGGCGGUGGCGGUUACAGAAUAGAAGCAGAACGGUGGUUGACAAUAUCAGAAAAGCUAUUGACGGCGCGCGAUUUUCAAGGAGCGAAAAGUUUCGCGAUCCGAGCCAGAGAAUCCGACCCGAGAUUACUUGAAUUCGCGGAUCAAAUAAUCGCUGUGGCAGACACGCUACUCGCCGGAGAUUUAAGAAUAAUAAAUCACAAUACAGGAAGCAAUAACCAUGAUUAUUACGCGAUAUUGCAGUUACCGAGACUGAGUCAGUCAAUGGAACUCGUCGCGACUCAGUAUAGAAAGUUAGCUUUGUUGUUGAAUCCAACAAGGAUUAGACUUUCUUUCGCUGAUCAUGCUUUUGGACUUGUAUCCGAAGCUUGGCUGGUGUUUUCAAAUCCAUCCAAAAAAGCAUUGUAUGAUCAUGAGUUGCAAGUGAGUCAAUUCGGUCAGCUCGGUCAGUUAGGGCAUCAACAACAACAAUUCGGUCAAGUCGGUGUACCCAGCCAUCAAGACUUUCAUCAUCAUCAGGAGCAGCAGCACCACCACCAACAACAGCAGCAGCUACAACAACAGACAACUUUUACGAGUUAUACUGAGUCAAUUCCGUCAACUCGCUCUGCUCAGCCAAGAAUGACUGAGCCGAUUCGGCCAAUAGCACAGCAUAAAGCCGCUCCAACUCCUGAGCCGAUUCGUCCUGCUUCUCAACCUAAAUCAACAGCUGAGCCGACUCGGCCUUUUCCUGUAGCUCAAAAUAAAGCAACUGAGUCAGCUCAACGAGAAACUCCGCCUGUAGCAGCUACCGAGCCGAGCAGGCCAGCUGUCCAGCAAAAAUCGCCGGAACCAAGUCGGCCUAAUAUUCAGACUAAUAAUGCUGAGUCAUCAUCACGCGUUACUCCGUCUUCUAACACUGUGACUGAGUCAGAAGUAUCGGGUUUUUGGACUGCAUGUCCGUACUGUUUUAUUCUCUACGAGUAUCCGAAAGGGUAUGAGGAUUGUGCAAUCAGGUGUCAAAAAUGUAAAAGAGCGUUUCAUGCAGCAAUGAUACCGUCACCGCCUGUGAUGGAUGGUAAAGAUACUUACUUUUGUUGUUGGGGUUAUUUUCCAUUAGGGUUUUCAGGUAAUGGAAAAGAUGGUGGAGGUGGGUUUGGGUCGACUUGGUCACCAGUGUCGGCAAUGUUUGCUACACCUUUACCCGGUACUGAGAAAUUAAAGCAAAGUGGUGGUAGUCAAGUAAAGAGAUCUGAGAGGAAAAUAAUUUAUAAAGAUGAUGUGUAUAUAGAUUUAUCUGACCCUAGUGAUGAUGAUGAGUCUGAUUCUGAUGAUGAUUGGGAUAAUAAUAGAAGAAAGAAAGUGAAAAGUAAUAAAGGGAAAUCGACAACCCCUAGUAAAAAUGUGAAGAGAGCACAGAGUGACAGGGGAAAGAAGGUGAUUGUUCAAAAUGGGGAUGGCAUCGGCGGUGGUGGAGGUAAUGUGCAAGGUGAAGUGAGGAAAGGGGAGGGGAGUAGUGGGAAGAAGAGAGGAGCGAAGGAUUUGGGGAAGUUGGAUUUGAAUGUAAUGUUUAGUAACGAGGUGGAAGAGGCCGUGCCGGGAGUUAGUGAAGGGAAUGGAGCUGAAAAUGGAGAGGAAGAUAACAUCGAAGGCAUCAGUUUUUUUGAAGGUCUUGAUGAGUUUCUAAGUAGCUUGCCAAUACUCUCUGUUGUUGGAGAUGACAAGGUCAAGGCUAGUUAGUGAAGUAAGACUCUUCCUUUUUGUUGUUGUUACAUUUUGUUGUUUUUCUUUCUUUGUUUUUUUGGUAGUCUUUUGUUGUAUGUAGUAUUUAAUCAUGGAGAGGCACCAGCAUUUCGUUCGCACAUUUGCCUGGUUGUUGACAUCCAAUGUAUAUUUUGCAGAUUCCUGGUCUCUUUAACUUUCUUAAAUAAUUUACUUGGGUCUUUACGGAUCA